UAUAAAGAUGUUCAUUUGACUAUUAGAGCGAGAUCCAUUCUGUUGUCAUUGGGGAAAAAUUGCCAAGUAAAUGACUAACCUUUAUCUUCUACUGAUUUCAUUUCUGUUCAUCCUAUUCCGAUCAUCCAGCUCCUCCAUCAUCAACCCAUCUAAAGUCAAACAAGUUUCAUGGAAACCCAGGGCUUUCGUCUACGAGGGUUUUCUUACAGAGGAGGAAUGCGAUCACAUGAUUUCACUUGCCAAAUCUGAGCUGAAGAGAUCUGCAGUCGCGGAUAAUGUAUCUGGGAAGAGUAAGCUUAGUGAGGUUCGAACAAGUUCUGGGAUGUUUAUCCCCAAGUCCAAGGAUCCAAUUGUUGCUGGCAUAGAAGAUAAAAUUGCAACUUGGACCUUCCUACCAAAAGAAAACGGAGAGGACAUACAAGUGUUAAAAUAUGAGCAUGGCCAAAAAUAUGAUCCGCACUUUGAUUACUUCACUGAUGCUGUUAACGUUGCACAUGGCGGACACCGCAUAGCAACUGUGCUGAUGUAUCUGAGUGAUGUUGAAAAAGGUGGUGAGACGGUCUUCCCAUCAGCAGAGGUGGCUUCUCGUCACAAAACAUCAAAAUCAGACGAUGAUUUGUCUGAAUGUGCAAAGAAAGGAAUUGCAGUGAAACCAAGAAAAGGAGAUGCACUGCUGUUCUUCAGCCUGUACCCAACAGCCAUCCCGGAUGCAACCAGCCUCCAUGGUGGUUGCCCUGUAAUCGAAGGGGAGAAGUGGUCAGCAACCAAGUGGAUCCAUGUGGACUCGUUUGACAAGAUUGUUGGUGGCGGUGGGGAUUGCAAAGACCAAAACGAGAACUGUGAGCGAUGGGCGGCACUGGGAGAGUGCACCAAGAAUAAAGAGUAUAUGAUAGGAACUCCUGAACUUCCUGGUUACUGCCGAAGGAGCUGCAAGCUGUGUUAACUAGCCUCAUUUUCCCACUGAAUCAUGUAAGUUUUGCUUUCAAUUUGCUAAUAUAUAUAUCCUUUUGCUAAUACUAUGAUCAUUCUAUGACAAAAUAUGGGUUUUAUAU